CAAAAUCAUUUAUUGAAAAUGACCAAGAUGAAAUAAAUGGAUUCAUUAACCAAAAUCCAAUUUCUUUACCUUGGAAAGCAAGUGAUAUGGUUAUUCUUACAAAUGGAUAUUGUGGAUCAGCUGGUUCAGCAAUUGCUCUACAUCUUGCAGAAUUAAAUAAUGUUACAACUGUAUCAAUUGGUGGAUUCCCAAAAACUUCAUUAUCAAUAAGUUCUUUUCCUGGUGGUGAAGAAUUCGUAUUUACCGAUCCUAAUAACGGUUUUGAAGAUCUUGUACAAGAACUUAAUAGAUUAGGUUUAUCUAAUAAUGAUCAAGCACCAAAACAAUUUCCAACCAAUAUUUUCUUUCCAUUUACGAUAAGAAGAGCUUUCAGUGUCAAGAAUCCUGAUCAAGUUCUUGAGUAUACUUUCAGACCUGCACAAAAUCAAAUUAAUUAUAAUGAUCAAAGUGUUAGAGACCUUAGUAUUGUUUGGGAUCAAGCUGCAAAUUUCCUCCCGGCAUAA